ACGCAUCACCUCCAUUGCCAUCUUGCCCCCGUGACCCCGACCCCGUCUCGUCUCGGCUUCCUCCUCUCGCCUCACCUCCCCACCCGGACCCGCCGCGCACGAGCAAAGCUCACCGCCUCCGCAUCAGAGCUAGAACCCUAGCCCCACGCGGGGAGCAGUGGUUUCAAUACCGGGGCAGGCAUGGCGAGGUGGCGGACGGCGGCGCUGCUGGCAGUAGCGCUGGCGGCGGUUCUGGCGGCCGCGUGGCGGGCGGAGGCGCUGUCGGUGACGGUGACCGAUACCGAGUGCGUCCACGAGUUCGUGCCCUACGAGGGAGACACCGUGUCCGGGAACUUCGUCGUCGUCGACCACGACAUCUUCUGGAGCUCCGACCACCCCGGCAUCGACCUCACGGUAACUUCACCCGGUGGUAACACUGUACAUACAUUGAAGGGGAAAUCUGGUGACAAAUUUGAGUUUAAAGCUCCAAGGGGUGGAAUGUACAAGUUCUGCUUCCAUAAUCCAUAUGGAGCACCUGAAACUGUUUCUUUCUACAUUCAUGUUGGGCACAUACCCAAUGAGCAUAAUCUGGCAAAAGAUGAGCACUUGGACCCUAUCAAUGUGAAAAUCGCGGAGCUGAAGGAAGCAUUAGAAUCUGUCACUGCCGAGCAGAAGUACCUAAAAGCACGUGAUGCUCGUCACCGACACACAAAUGAGAGCACCCGGAGGCGAGUCAUGUUGUACACAAUGGCGGAGUACCUAGCUUUCAUGGCUGCUAGCGCAUUGCAAGUUGUCUACAUCCGCCGCCUAUUCAGCAAAAACGUAGCAUACAACAGAGUGUAGGGUACUCAACUCCAAGGCGUGGGUGGAAGCGGCACAUGGUCGGAAUGGGAAAUGUUUUCUGCCAAUUUGACAAAUUGUAGCUCUGCAUCCUCUUUUUUUAGUCUAUAAGCAACACUUUUUAAUUUAUCGUCAUGUACUUUUAGCAACUCUUGUGAGAUGUGAAGUGCAUUUGUUGCUGAACAUAGAUCCAUAAUUAAUCUUCAGAGGAUUAUCGCAAAAGCAAGAAUAUUGUUGAUUCUCUAUUA